CUUCUCGAUGAAUGAUUAUGAACAUAAGUGGUUUUGGUGUAGAUUGUUAGUGCCUCUUGCGGUGCCUAUUUGGUGGGUUCAAGAGCAAAAUGGACCUGCCUAUGAUAUCAAACUUUACAGCAACACCGGAUUUGAUGUUGUUAAGGUUUGGCAAGAGUUGGAAGGUCGGUAAUGGACAGAUUAGAGGUAGCCUGUGUGUCAAUCCGCUUAUAAGGUAAUUGAUCUAUAUUUAAAUAAUUUCUACAUGUUGAAAUAUACAGUAAAUAAUAUUAACAAAAAAUAAAUAAUAUUAAGAAAAAACAGGCAGUGACAAAAUGGAAAAGCAAAGAUCUUACUUAACAUUUACGUAGAUGGGAUGUUUUGCAAAUAACUUUAUCCAUUGAAAACAUGGAAUUUUUUUAGAUCAUUUGUUUGUGUUGUUUCAUGACUUGAUUGAUAGAAUAAAAUAUGUACGUUUUACUUCCUAUUUCUAUAGUAAGAUUUAAAUAAAAUAGAUUGAAAACUUGGAAUUUUUCUUUGAUUUGCACAACAUAAAGAAAGAUAUGGGAAGGAAGAAGUCAAAAAUACUUCCUCUUUCAUUUUUUUCAUUUCCAACAAAACACUUUCCCUUUCUAUUAAAAAACCACUUUUACCCUUACUUUUUCAUACCCUACUUAUCACAUCAUACCUUUUCUCUAAUAAUAAAUCCAUCACAUCUUACUUUUACCCAUCACAUCAAGGGCAAAAUUGGAAAAUCAACUAUAAUUUUACACUUCCUUAUUUUGCCUUAUAGUCAAAGUAGGAAGGCAUUAAAUACAUCUUUUGUGAAAUGUGAGUUCAUUUUUUGUGAAUUAUUUUGUGGGGUUAAAUGUAUUAUGAAGUAAUACAACCAAAUACAUUUAAGAUAGUUAGAACAAAAAAAGGUGUCGUAUAAAUGUGAGACGUAAUGGAGUGGAAUGUGUGUUCUUAUCUUGCAAAUUAUAUUGUUGGUAUGAUAGAUGUGAGGUAUAAAAAGUUGUCUAUUUUUGAUGGUUUCCUUUGAAAAGUUUGCUUUUGUGCUUUUGAGAUAAUAGUUUCACUUUAAAAAUUAGAUGUAUGUUGCAUUUACCCCAAAAUUUGUAUCUCAUUUGUACACCAAAUGUAUGCACCAUCAUUUUGAAGGUGUAUACAUACACAAAGUGUUGGUGCGUUUAUAAAAAUUUACACUGAUACAAAGUAAUUGUGUGUUAACAAAAAUUAGCAUUACACCAACACAAAAUAACAUUUUCCCUGCGCUGUACAAAAUGGGGUUGUAAUUUUUGGAGUACAAAUACCAUUUUCCUUAAAAUUAUUAUUCUUCCUUAAAGAUUUUCAGAAUUUGACAUUUUGGUCAAACUAUGGUUAAUUAUAUUUAUAAAUAAAUUUGUUUGAAAAUAUAGUGGGCAUGUUUGGUUUUUGGCACUUAGGAUAGUUUUUGUUGUUUUGACCAAUUUUAGCAGAUUUGAUUAGUCAAAAAGGGUGUUUGAUAAUUGGCUGCAAGCCUGCAAGUAGGAUGACAAUGGGUCGGGUUCAAAUCGAAUAGUACUAUGUAAGCUUAGCAGGCUUAUGAUGUAAGCUUAGCGUGCGAUGGAGAAGAUUAGAGGCCAUUAUCUUUUAUUGCUAAAAGAUAAAGAUGUGGUCCACAAAUUCUCUGUUACUGUAGCGCAUAAAAAGAAGAAAUAAAGAUGUUGAUUCAGACUUCUACUUUUUAUGGCACGUGGCUCAAUAAGUAAUUUGGAGUUUUAAUGUAAUUUCUGACCACUGCUACCCAAAUGGGCAUCAUAGGUCUCAUUUUCUAGCCUCUCCAUCUCACAGGCCCAUUUGGUAGUGACCAGCCCAAUAUUUUGGGCGGGAACACUGUUCACAAAUCACUCUUAGGCCUUAGCAUUAUAUAGUAGGAUAACCAGAGACACCCUAUUUAUCUUCUUCUCUACGAUUGUUCAUUCACCAUCGUCGCGCGCCGUUGUCUUUGGGCCAUCGCCAUUUCCGCGCUCGACAACAACGCCCGUCGCCAUCCCUAGUGUCAAGGCUAGUGUGCUAUGAUCAAACCCUAGGUCUCAAUUGGACAAGUCUUCAUGGACGGCUCACGCUUCUGAGCGCAAAGAUCGAGUAGCGAGAGAGGAAGAGGAAUUGUGAUGACAAAGGAGGAUUUAAUCAAGAAUUUGGGAACCAUUGCCAAAUCUGGCACUUCAGCAAUAUUUGUUGAGAAAAUGCAGAAAAGUGGAGAAUUUGGUGUUGGGUUCUACUCUGUCUAUCUCGUGGCUGACUAUGUAGAAGUUAUUAGCAAACACAAUGAUGAUAAGCAAUAUGUUUGGGAAUUAAAGGCUUAUGGAGCCUUUGCAAUUUAAUAGGAUGAGUGGAAUGAGCCACUUGGCCGUGGAACUGAAAUCAGAUUGCACCUUAGGGAUGAAGCUGGUGAAUACUUGGAACAGUCUAAAUUAAAGGUCGAAAAAUAUUCUUCAUGGUAAAACAUUCAUGGUUCUUCAGAAAUCAGUGCCAUUAUCUGGUAAAAGCUCAAGUACUGUCCGGUUUUCAGAACUCAAGAAACGGUGAUAUUAUUUGCCUCUGAUGAUCGGCAUUGGAUUACUUUCUCUCCAUCAACUAUGCGGAAUCAACAGCGUUUUAUUCUAUUCUAGUAAGAUCUUCGAAUCUGCUGGAGCUUCAUCCAGUAAAGCCGCAACUUUUGGAAUUGGGGGCUAUUCAGCUGAAGAGGCUCAAAAUUGCCCAGAAAUCAGAGAGAAAGAAUGUCGAAUCGGGGUUCCAGCUUUGUUUCUAAAAUCCAUUUUAGAAAACUUUUUUCAAGAAAAGGCUGGGAUCAGAGAUUGGAAAAUGCAAGCAUUGUAAGAAGGAUCUUGAGAGCUGGCUUAUGUCUAAGAUUAAACUACGCCUGAAUGUGCCCGAGCAUCUUCCCAAGACUGUAGAGCUUGGAAAGUAUAUUGUAUCUCGUGGAGGAGAAAAUUCAAUGCCAUUCAAGGGGAAGAGUUUCCACCUAAUCCAAGCAGUGAAGUUUAUAUUAAUUUUGAUCAGGUGGAUGUUUU